GCUUGAACCAAACUUGUUGGGUCCAAGGCUCUAAGGCCACCAACAACCCACACUCCUUGGCUCUUGGCUGUGUGGGCUAACUUGGGGACUUUCUAUUUCAUUGGAAUCCCAUUUGCUAACGUGAGGAAACAUACAAUCUUUUCCAAGUAGUUUUAUUCAACAAUUCUGUUCUUAAUCUUCCCUAUUUAUUCACUUUUUAUGCUUUAUUUUUCUUCAGGUUUUGUGGAUAGGCUUAAUAUGGGGUCUCUCCUGCCAAACUGGUGCCCCCCAAAAUUUUAAUAUAGUCUUAAUAUGUUGGAUCUUCCAAAAUUUUGAUAAAAAUUAACUUAUAUUACUUGAUAGCAUCUGAACAUUUUAAUCAAGUAACAUUGACACAUGUAUCUUGAGCAAGUUCGAAUUUAAAAAAAAGGGUUAUUUUACUCGAAAAUUGGAUAUCCAUUGACAUUGAUUUGUUCCAACAAAAUGGAUAGAGAUUGAAACAGUGAUAACAGAAGAUUAUUUUAUUUUCAAACAAACAAACUAAUGAACACUUAAAUAAGCUAUAGUAACUUCAAAUUUACUUGUCUCAAGGUAUUGUUAUAACAAGAUUUUGUAAAAUUAGAACAAAGAAAGAAAUCAAAACCAAUAUAUAAGUUCACUGCAUAAUUGUAUAUGUCCAUCAAAACAGGCAAACUAUAUGCAAUAUUCUCUUCUUCUCUCCUGUUAUUCUCAUUAAGAUUUCUAUCCAAGAUUGUUAAUGGAUAUUGGGGGAUUCUUCCUUCGCCUUUUCUUUUUCAUAUUUGGUGGUAUUUUUGGAUACCCUAUGGAUGAGCAAAUAGGAAAAUUGCCUGGACAACCACAUGUUAACUUCAGGCAAUUUUCUGGCUACAUUGAUGUUGAUGGAAAGGCUGGCAGAAGUCUUUUCUAUUAUUUGGUCGAAGCUGAAAAUGAUCCCAUGAAUCUUCCCCUCACUGUUUGGCUAACUGGAGGACCAGGGUGCAGUUCAGUUGGAGAUAGUUUUAUAAGUGUUGGUCCUUUCACUACUUCAAACAAUGCUCAUUGUCUCCAGAGAAACCCACAUUCUUGGAUCAAAGUGUCAAAUAUCCUGUUUAUUGAUUCUCCUAUUGGAGUUGGGUGGUCAUAUUCAAAAACAAGCAGUGAUUAUCAAGUUGGAGAUGAUAGUACUAACGAGGAUUUGCUUGCAUUCAUACUACAAUGGUUUGACAAGUAUCCAAAUUUCAAAUCUAGAGAUUUAUAUCUUGCUGGUUCAAGCUAUGCAGGACAUUUCAUACCCAAUUUAGGUAACACCUUACUUGAUUACAACAAACAAUCAAAUGAUUUGAAGUUCAACAUCAAAGGAUUAGCAUUGGGAAAUCCACUUCUUCGGAGUAAGCUAGACAUCCUUGCACUAUAUGAAUUGUUUUGGUCUCGUGGGAUGAUUAACAAAGACUUGCACCAACAAAUAUUAAAAGAAUGCGAUGGAAUUGAUGAAGAUAACUAUUCCAACAAUGCGACCAAUUGGUCUGAAUCAUGCCAACAAGCCAUGGAUAAAGCUGAAUUGAUUGCUUUUAAUGUAACUUCCAUUCCAGAAGCCAAGGCAAGGCACUUUGAUAUUCUUCGUUCCACAUGUGAUGGAAAAUGGGAAGACCUAAACUUGGAAAAGGAGGUUAUUAAGAUUACCUAUGAAGUAGAUAUGUGCCUUCCUUUUAGGGCAGAAUUCUAUUUAAACAUUCCAGAAGUUCAGAAAGCCUUCCAUGGAAAUCGAACCAACUUAGAGUAUCAAUGGAGGGGAUGUUUUGAGAAUUCUGGUCUCAAUUACAGCGCAGCUGAUAGAGCUAUUGACAUGCUUCCUGCAUUGAAACAGAUUCUCCAACAUUCUAUUCCUGUUACAAUAUUCAGUGGAGAAGAAGAUGGUGUUGUACCAACUAUUGGCACCCUAAAACAUGUUAAGAAAUUAGCCAAGGAUAUGAAUUUGAAUUUGACGAAAGAUGAAGCUUGGAAUCAUGAAAACAAGGAUGGAGGUUGGAAGUACUCGUACGAAAAUUUGUUGACUUUUAUGACUGUAAAAGGAGCUAAUCACCAUGUGACUUUGUCUAAACCAUCUCAAGCUUUGUUUAUUUUCACGAAUAUUGUUCUUAAUCGAACACGUUGAGUGAGCCAAUCUCAACAAGCCUCAUGUUUGAUUUUUUUUAUUCUUUUUUCUUUCAAAAGUAAGGAAAAACAAAAGAGCAAAAUAUUAUGUUUUAAUUGCUUGUAAGCAUAUGGGAAAUGUACGAGAGAAUUUUGGCUCCAUUACUAUGAAAUCA